AUGGAGCUGGGAGGGGCUGUCACCACCUUUCUGGCACUCCGCUUGUCUUGCCUACUCAUCCUCAUUGCCUGGAAAUGAAUGGAUAAGGCAGGAAAGCUGCCCCCGUGUCCUACACCAAUUCCUUUCCUGGGGAACCUGCUGCAAGUUUGAACUGAUGCUAAGUUUCAGUCUUUCAUGAAGCUCAGGGAGAAAUACGGCCCUGUGUUCACUGUGUACAUGGGUCGGCCAGUGGUAGUUUUAUGUGGACACGAAGCAGUGAAGGAAGCCUUGGUAGACCAAGCGGAUGAGUUCAGUGGCCGUGGAGAACUGGCUUCCAUAGAGCGAAACUUCCAAGGUCAUGGUGUAGCUCUGGCCAAUGGAGAACAAUGGAGGAUUCUCCGACGCUUCUCCCUGACCAUCCUUCGGGACUUCGGGAUGGGAAAGCGGAGCAUUGAGGAGCAAAUUUAGGAGGAGGCCAGCUACCUACUGGAGGAGUUCCGGAAGACCAAGGCUAAGAUCCACGAAGAGAUUAACCAGGUGAUUGGACCACACCGGCUCCCAAGGGUGGAUGACCGGGUCAAGAUGCCCUACACAGAUGCCGUCAUCCAUGAAAUACAGAGACUGGUAGACAUUGUACCGAUGGGUGUCCCCCACAACGUCAUCCGGGACACUCAGUUUCGAGGUUACCUUCUGCCCAAGAUGGGCACAGACGUAUUUCCCGUGCUUGGCUCUGUCCUCAAAGACCCCAAAUACUUCCGCUACCCAGAUGCCUUCUAUCCCCAGCACUUUCUGGAUGAGCAGGGCCGCUUCAAGAAGAAUGAAGCCUUUGUGCCUUUUUCCUCUGGAAAGCGCAUCUGCCUGGGCGAGGCCAUGGGCCGCAUGGAACUCUUUCUCUACUUCACCUCCACCCUUCAGAACUUCUCUCUACGCUCGCUGGUGCCGCCUGUGGACAUCGAUGUCACCCCCAAGCUCUCAGGCUUUGGCAAUAUCCCCCCGACCUAUGAGCUCUGUCUUGUGGCCUGCUGA